UAAAAGAACCAAACUUCAUGAAUGUUUUUUGUGACCAACAAGUAUGUGCUCCAAUCACUCUAUCACAAAAAAAUAAGAGUUGUAGAAAUUAUUGGAAAUUCAAGACAGCCAUGACAUUAUGUUCUCUACAAGUGUAUGUAAACUUUUGAUCGCGACUGUAUAUUCACUGGCCCUCUAAAGGCAGCCCCAAUUGCGAUGUGGCCCCCACUAAAAGUAAGUUUGACACCCUGCUUUCAAUAUGGCUGGAAUUCCUAAAUGAUGAAUGCUUUGUUUGCCAUGGAAGUCAUUUUAAAGGCAAUAUUUUUGAUGCAAAUCUUGCAUUGUCUCAACAUUUGCAGCAGUGUAGUUUAUGUGUACAGUGCUGCCCGAGCCAGGAAAUCAAUCAUUGUCUUAUUUGCAGGAGUAGUCACAAAAAAAAAAAAAAAAAAAAAAAAAAAAGUGGCAUUUUCCACCUCAUUUCCCUUAAACAGCCUCUUGGAUUAAUGUCUUCAUUGAUUUAAUUACAUAAAGGAGAGACUCGGGUUAGCUCCAGUUUGUGGUUUCUUCUUAAUGACUAAGAAUGAUCAGUAAUGGACAGUAAACGCUGCACAAUCUUCACUAGCAGGCAAAGUGCCGCACAAUGACUGUGACCUUUUGUGCAGCGAAGGGAAGAGUUUGAAGGAUGUUCCGUGUGAAACAAUUGGAGGAUGAUUCAGCCAACAGGAGGUCAAGGUGAGACAUGACAGUGUCACACAAACAGAUAGGAGGUUCCUAUUAAAAACAGACUCCCCCUAAGGAUAAACAAAAAGGCACUAUUAGAUUCUGACCCGCCAUAUGAUUUUGCACGAUCAUCUUCUCAACAUGAUACUUUUUGUGGUUACUAUUCUGCUGCAAGAGGCUUUUCAGGUCACAGCUGCCAAGAGUGCAGUGCACAACUGCGCACACAACAAGGAGACGAAGCAGAAGAAUGAGGAAGAUACAGCCAUGGCGACGCCGACGACGACCUUGGACCCUUGCUCUGCCUACAGCAGCCUGAAUGAGCCAUGGAGGAACACCGACUAUCACAUCAAUCAGUCCUCCGGGGUGCCUCUGUGCGACAACCACAUGUCCGGAGAGUGGUACCGCUUCACCGGCAUGGCAGGGGACGCCAUGCCCACCUUCUGCAUCCCCGAGAACCACUGCGGCACUCACGCUCCCGUCUGGCUCAACGGCAGCCACCCUCAGCCGAAGGAAGGCGUGGUCACGCUUCCUGUGUGUGCCAGCUUCGGGGACGACUGCUGCCAGUGGAACGCCAGCGUGGACGUGAAGGCCUGCACUGGCGGGUACUUUGUGUACCGCCUGCCAAGACCUGCAGUUUGCUUCCAUGUGUACUGCGCUCACUUCUACGACAUCUGCGAUGACGUUCCAUGCGCCGGUCCAAGAUGUCCUGACUCGGAAUGUCGCUGUGCUCCUGGAACAGUUCUGGGACCGGACAGACAAACAUGCCUGGAUGUGAAUGAGUGCGAGACGGCCAAUGGUGGCUGUGCAGAGGUGUGUGUCAACACCAAAGGGUCCAGACGCUGCGAGUGUGGACCAGGCCGAGUGCUUGAAGAGAAUGGGGUCAACUGUAAAGAGAUGGCAGCAGGUUGCCAUGUCAACAAUGGAGGCUGCAGCCAUGGGUGUUCAUCCCUGCUUGACUCUCACCAGUGUCACUGUCCUAGGGGGCUGCAGCUGAGCAACGAUAAACGCACAUGUCAAGUGCCAGUCCAGUGUGACCCCAGCAGUAUUACAGUGUCAGUACCAAAGGACCUGGUUGGAGGUCUGGACCUCUUCUUGUCCAACUCCUCAUGUGUUGGUGUCUCCAAUGGUACACACGUCAACCUGAGCUUCAGCCUGAAGACAUGUGGUACUGUUGUGCAGGUCACAGAAGACAAGAUAGUGGGCACCAACUUGGUGACGGGCCUCCCCAGGUCCAGUCCUGGUAGCAGCAUGGACCUGAUAGUCCGCACUAGUAAAUUAGUGCUGCCAGUCACCUGUGAGUUCCCCAGAGAGUACCGAGUGUCUGAUGGUUAUCAGGCCAGUCAGCGCAGCGCCGACCUGCAGCUGGCGGGCCACAGUCAGGGCGUCUUCCCCUUCUCGCUGGAGCUCUUCAAGAGCGCCCAGUUCUCCGAGCCUUACCGCACGCCGCCCCAGCUGCGCCUUCACGACUCCCUCUUCUUCGGCGUGGAGCCCAAAGAGCGAGUGGAGGGUCUCUCUGCUCUGGUAGAAAGCUGCUUCGCCACGCCAGGACCCAAAGCUGACCAGGCCAUCAAGUACUACCUCAUCAAAGACGGGUGCAUCUCUGAUGAAACAGUGACUCAGUACUCAUCCAAGGACCAACUCUCCAAGCACUACCAGGUUCCUGUCUUCAAGUUCAUCGGCAAGGAAAACCGGCAGGUCUUCCUCCACUGUCAGGUGUUGGUGUGCAGCCUGGAGGACUCUCGCUGUGCUCAGCCUUGUCGGGGACGCUUCCGUCGGGAUGUGCCAUCUCAGGAGCGGCACACGCUGAGCGGAGGCCCCAUCUUCAUCCAACCAGACGGAUUCGAACUCCAGGGACAUGUUUGACUCACAGAUGUUUCAUUGAGCACAUUGUUCUUGUGGUAAAACGUCAUUUUCCAUAACUGCUCAUGAUGG